AUGAAGACCGGCCUGCCCAAGAAGUUUCUCAGCCGCCGAGACAAGAACAGUCAUGGCCGCGGUAAAUCAUCUGACCCAGCGCACAAGCGUCGUCCUCUAUCCACCGAGACCUUCUUCUCCAUGUUCAGCAGAUCCGACGCCGCGAAACAGCCUGUCGACGAGGAUACACUAAAAGAGAAAGAAGCCGCCCAGAUUGAAGAAGUACGACGCGAAAUUGAGGGUCGAGACCUCGAUGACCUGACCGAUGACCACAUUCGAUAUGCGCUCAACCUCAAGUACACCUCGGGCGACGUCCAGAAGGCCAUCGAGAUCCUACAACUCCAACAAGCGUCACUGUCGGGCCAGAUCUUUAGCUACGACCCAGCUGUGACCAUGCUCGGCGCCGAAAAUCGUGGCAACACCACUUGCUACCUCGAUGCUUUGCUCUUUGCUAUGUUCGCCAAGCUGGAGUCUUUCGAGUGUAUGCUCGAGGGUGAAAUCCGGGAGGAGCCAGGAAAGCACUUGGCUACCCUGUUACGGGUAUGGGUCAACUUGCUGCGAAGUGGCAAGUUGAUCGAAACAGACAUGACCGAGCGCAUCCAGGAUGCAUUAGCUGCCUGCGGUUGGAAGGACGCACAGUUUCUGGAGCAACAGGAUACCUCAGAAGCCUUUGCUUUUAUCACAGAAACUCUGCAGCUUCCGCUACUCACCCUACAGGUCGAUCUGUUUCAUCAGGGUAAGAACGACGAUGCAGACCACAAAGUAGUCUUCGAAAGACUCCUAAAUCUUGCAGUUCCGCCCGAUACGGAUGGCAAGGGUAUCAAGUUGGAGGACUGUCUAGAAGAAUAUUUCAACUCCCAGGUUGAUGUGUUAAGGGACAGCCUAGACGACAAGAAGACGGGGGAGCGGUCCGACCUAGCCCCCAGUCCGAGAACUCCUAAUCCUCCAAGCACGCCUAAAAGUACGAUACGCCUUGUCACUGGAGACAACGAAGAGAAACGUGCCUCGCCCGAACCUGUCGAUGAACAUGGUUCACCUCCCCUGGAGCGACGCUGGACAGCGGCAGAAUCCAGGGUGUCUCAGCGUCGACAAACUCCCGAAGAGGAAGCUUCUGGAUCUGGUUCGGCUGUACGGCCGCACCGUAGUCGGACAGAAAGCAUCAUUCAGAGGGUCGUUCUCGAUGAGAAAGAGAAAAGCUCCGAUGCCGACACGGGAAGCUUGUUCCAGAGAGCAAAACAGACUGCGUCAGUUGUCAAGGCUGUAACCAUACCUGCUUGGCAGUUCUUCAAACUAGUCCCUUGGCACUCGUCAGCAAACAAGGAACCAGAGAAUGACCUGGAGGUUGCACGGCAUUUCAACCAACGUCCGGUUCUUGGUGUCUGCCUCAAGCGGUACAUGAUGGACGAGAAGGGCAACAUGAAGCGGCAAAACACAUACAUCGACAUUCCUGACAGCUUGAGACUACCACAUUUCAUCGCAGACGAGAGACAGGUCGAAGCCGAAGAGAACGGACUCUCGGCAGACUUCAAGCUUGUGCUCCAAUCGGUGGUCUGCCACAGAGGCGACUCGUUGCAUUCGGGACACUACAUCUCGUUUUGCCGUGUAGCCCCAAAACUUCUUACCGACAAUCGGCGGCAUGACAGCGACCCGCCUCCAGAUUACGAAGAGGCGCAGUGGGUCAAAUUCGACGACCUGGCGAUUGACAACCGGGUGUCCACUGUUGACGACAUCAAGCAAUCGUUGAAGGAGGAGAUGCCCUACCUCCUCUUCUACCAGAUUGUUCCCAUUGUCGAAGUGGCAUCUAGUACGACGGAGAGUACAGAGGCAGAUCCGCCAGCGUAUGAGGAUGCUGGACUCGAGAUCACGACUUCAGAGACGUCUGCUCCCAUUCAGGAGAGGCCAGCGUUCUCUCGGCAAGCUAGCAGCUACUUUGACAAUGCGAGCGUAUUGCCUUCAACAAACUCGAGCCUGCGCUUCUCAGCCGAACUAGAGCGGCCACCGCGCCGCAGCUUCGCCGACGAAGACGGAUAUCUUAGUGUUUCCCGGCGAGACAGCGUCGCCUACGGCGGUGACUCGACGGCGCUGAGUUCUAGUGCCAUAUCUGACGGCCCAUCUCCGGCAGUCACGCCUAGUGAAGAGAGUACGGCACAGAGAAUCAGUCGCGCUGCGGCUAAGUUCAAGGGAGGCAGCAAGAGUAGGCCGCAGAGCCAGGCCGGCGAGGGCCGUCUCAGUUUUUCCAUGUCGAGGUUUGGAGGACUGGUAAGAGGCAGCAGGGAACCACUUCGAGAACCACUUCGAGAGUCCAUGUUCCUAGACCCCGAAGACGACUUUGAAGUUGUGGCGUCGAUGAAAACGAACGGCACCAACGGAGCUGUUGCGAAAGAGACUGGGAAGGAGACUGGAAAGGAGAAGGCCAAGGACAAGGACAAGGACAAGGACAAGGACAAGGACAAGGACAAGGACAAGGACAAGGACAAGGACAAGGACAAGGAGAAGGACAAAGAUGGCACGUCGAAAAGGAAGUCCCGAUUCGACAAGGGCAAGGGGAAGGAGAAGGAAGGCAAGGAAGGCAAGACCAAGGCCGAUGUGCCAGACAGGGAAUGCAUCGUGCAGUAG